UCAUGAAUAUCCACAGUCUUUCGUGAUAGUCUUAACCUGUAGGAUCGAUUCAAGAAGUUUUUAUUAAGAAAAUUUAACAGUAAAUAUUUCUAAUGAUUUGGUAAAGAUCUUGUCAUUUGUUCGAUUAUUUCAACAGUAUAAUGUUUCUAAAGCUGAAAACGACAAAACGAAUCUUUUAGUGAUGAAAUCAGCAUGAAUCACCUAGUUCACACCUUAUCGAAUACAUGCAAUAUCUUAUGCGACCCGUUUUAUCAAGUGUGCCUUCCGUACAUGAUUUCUAAUCGAUGAAUAAACAAGUGAAUAUCUUUACAUAGUUUCGAGAAUAGCCGGACACACACGAUGGGACUCCACCUUAAAAAGGCCAUAUCAUGGGGCCUCGUACUGCUUCCGCUUCUCCUCGUCGAAGCUUACAACAUUCCACCGGAGUUGAUUCACUGCUACCGCGGAAACAUGACCCUUCCGUCGGUGGGCUUCAACCAGCAGCUCCUGCUGGAGCUGAUCCGGAAGGUCGAACGACUCAACCCAACCACACUGGACAUGCGGAUGUUGAGCGUCGAGUUGAUGCAUCGUCUCCGUAUCGACGGCAUCGAAAAGGCCCCGGGGCUGCAGGAAACCGAACUGCUGACUCCGUACAGCACCCGCGGAAUCAUGGUCCCCAAGUACAAGCUGCUGCUUCAGUUUGUGUCCAACAUUCCCGGGUCGGUGGAGUUCGAGCGCUUUCUCAGUCCGCUGGAGAUCUGCUUGCUGCACCGGCUGCUGAGCAGUUCCGUCGAGCCGUAUCAGCGCGGUGACGAGCGGAUCGUUUGUCCGGGAACGCUAGCGGAAGUCAGGAAUCCGCAGGCGCCGUGGGUGACGAAGAACAAGAGUCAACGUAACCAAACGAGCAGUACGACGUUCGACAGACCCAUCUCGAGGUGUCCGUUGGAGCUUGGAACGUAUCGCAGUGAUCGGUAUGGUUCCAUUGCGCCAGGAGUCCUGGUGACCUCGAUCGCUGCAGGUUUGCAGCCGCAGAACGUGCGGAUCAGCGACUUUAUCUCCGCGUACAAAAAGAAGAAUCCGUACGAGAAUCUGGAAACAAUGGAGCGUGUUGAUACCAAACGUCAGCUGGAGAAGCUGUUCAGCUCGAUGGAAGCGAUCGACAACACGUACGUUGCCGGGUUGGCGGGUGAUCUUGCGGAAGUAUGCCUGUAUCAGGGUCCUUACUUGGGAACGGAUCUACGCGUUGGACUAGCUGGGCAGUGGAAUGAUACGUUCUUCCCUAGAGCUCGUCACCUUGCGGCAGGUCACGAAGGACGCUGGGAGAUGACGGAUAGUGAGAUCUUGUCCGGGAUCGAUGGAUACUUUCUGGCGCAGAAGGUACCAGAUUUUGUGAGUAAAGUUAGACGGUUGCGGCUUUCUCAGGUAUUGGAUAUGUACUACAGCGGGCGAGGGAUUCCCAUUGUCGCAAUUGAGAAUGUACGGGAUCGGAAGCUGCACAACAGUCCGCUGAAGGCAAAGAGUCCGAAGAAUACGGAACUUCAGGAGGACUCGUUGAACGAGCUGUUUAAUGCUGCGGGUAAGACGAAUUUCCGAAAGAUCUUCGGUGAAGAACGGGAUCAUGGUCCGGCGGUUGGGAUUGCAGAGCAAUCCAUGCCGGAAGACGCCAAUCGAGCUUGCUUUCGAAGUCGGAUUCUGCAGUCGAUUGACAAGGAUCGAUUGAAGCAGGAAACGUUCAAUUUUGUGCAAGUUCUGCAGUACACGACCGGUAGCGUCGUGGUGGAGGACUCUCUGAUGAGAAGGAACUGUGAUGCGGCUGUUGAUCGGUUCUUCAGCUACGCGACAACGUUGGUUGGUGCGCUGUCCGAUUGUAGUACGAUCGGUAAUUCCGAUACGAAACCGAACGUUGACUUGAUACUGGUGAUUGAUGGUUCUAGGAGCGUGUACGAGAAUCAGCGAAUGAUCUUUCACGUCGCUGAAUUGAUUGACAUUUCGAUCUACGGAUCGCACAUUUCCGUUGUCAACGGACAAACGGGACAGAUUAUGGUCAACCGAACCAACAGCAUUGCCAACGUCUUCGAGCAGCUAAUGUAUUACGAAGGAUCAUAUCCCUCAACCCUAUCGCUGUCCGCGAGCUUCAGCUCGAUCGUCGCACACCUGUCCGCCCAGCUGGACCAUGAGCGGUCGUACCGAACGGUGGGAGCCAGCUCCCCGGUGAUCAUGGUCAUCUCGCAGAACCAACGCGUUGCGCAGAACGACUUUGAGAGUGCCCGCCGGAUGCUGACGACUUCGUUCGAGCAGUUUCCGGAUCUGUAUUUUGUCUUUCUCACCAACGACGUCGCUACGUUUAGUCAGCUAACGGACUUUACUUCGGUGGACCACAGCCGCUUCCCGUUGGAGGAGCACUACAAAAUCAUAGAGUCCAGCUCGGUUGAUCCGCAGCCGUUUACGGAUCUGCUUUCAUCCACGCUGAAAGCGAUUCCCCAGCGGCUGGUGGCUCCGUUCUGUCGAAGUGCCGCCAAUCGGGACACGUGGCGAAACGUCAACAUCCGGGAGGACUACGAGCAGUACCUGAGUCCGAACGUGGAGUUGCGGUACCGGAUCAAUCAUCGGUUCCUGUGGAACACCGGGGAUGUGGGGAUUCAGUUUCAGAACGCGAACUACGGAGAGUUUACGGUUUGUGGUACGAUGAACCAUCAGUUUACGGAUUUGGCUUGUCACAAGACUAGCUCGGACGUUGAUACCGUGUGGUUUAAUUUUACCGGGUUGUGUUCUGGGGAGGCGGGAUCCGAGUGUAGGUCGUUGUACUUCCUGGUGCAGAUGGACGUGUCUAACAUGAGGUGUUUGGAGGACGAUUGUCGCUAUCCGGAUCAGGUGCGGAUCAACAUAAAGCAUCAGGGAUUGCGGUGUCCUACGGAUAGGAAUGGUGUUGGAAGGGUGGUGGUUGGUUGGUCUUUUUGGGUUGUUGUAGGAUUUUUUGUUUUCAAGAUUCUUGGAAAUAAUUAAAAGUAUAUUAUAAGUUUAGGAAGUAGCUGUAUCCUGACCUUUA